GGAGUAUUCGAUAGACGGCUAUCGGAGUUGUGCCCAUCUUUAUCUGGACUAAAGUAAACAACUUAAUUUAAUUUAUAUUAACUUUUGGGUGGCAUUUGUGAAGUCAAUUGAUAUCCGGGUGUUGCACUUCUGAGGGAUCCCAAGACAAGAUCAGAUCUGAACCUGAACCCACAGUUCGCGCUGGGAAGUACAAACUUGGCCUUGCCUUGGUGAUUUCCACGAUCAUUCGUGAAAUAUUUAAUAUAUCGCUGAGUAAAUGGAGCGGAACACAAUGGAACACGAUGUUAGCCGGUUCCAGAGUUUCCUUGUCAAGGAAGAAGAGGCCGAUGAGGAGGAUGAGGCACACAUGCUACUAAGACCGGAGCUCUACGACGAGGAGUUGGCCUUGGAACGGGAAGAACAAGAGCUCGAGGAGCGGAAUCUGAAGAACCCGAACCACCUAGGCGGACUCGCAUCCUUCAUCUGCAGACACUGCCCGGAGGUGUUCUUUAGCAAGAGGGAACUGGCCGCCCAUCGACCCGUUCACCGGCUUAAAAGUGGACAGACGAAGUCCACUUCGGAGCUGACCUGCGAGGCCUGUGGAAAAGUCUUCCAGAGGCGCAACGCCCUCGUGGACCACAUGAAUGCCCACAACAGCGAGCGGAUCUACCCGUGUCCGGAAUGUCCGGCUCGCUUUGUGCAGCGCAGCAACCGGGACUGCCAUGUAAGGAACACCCACAGGAAGGAGUACCUGCACUCCUGCCCAGAACCGGGCUGCGGGCGGCGUUUCCAGCAAAAGCGGGAGCGGGAUCAGCAUGUGAAGUCGGUGCACCGCAAGGAGCGGAACUUCGUUUGCGACACCUGCAGCGCCAGUUUCAGCCACCCCGUAAAUUACAGGAAGCACUUGGCUUCUCAUAGCUCUGAUAAGAACUACGGUUGUCCCAUUUGUGGCAAGCUCUUCGGACGCCCCGAAAACCGGGAUGUUCACCUCUUCGUUCAUAGUAUUUGUAAGGCGUACGCCUGCUGCGUCUGUGGAGCAGACUAUAUGCGUCGCAAUCAGUUGAUUCGACAUAGUUCAGAGACUGGUCAUCUGAACGACCCGAUUGUUCGACAAAAACCCCAGUUUAGUCCGGCCCUUGCUCAGAGACCCGCUGCAAGGGAUCUGGGCCAGAAAGCUGACUAUCCUGCGGAUGUGGAGUGGUCGCAGGAGGAGGACGCGGAUGCGUUUCAAUGGCCAGAAGGGGAGGACCCCGUCAGCCGAGAAGACCUGGGGGACUCGCAGGGAGAUCACAGGAUUACAGAGGACGAAGAGGAGUUGUUCGAUUACAUCUCCAUUAUUUAAGAAGGUCAAUUAAGGUGCUCAAUCAAGAAAGUUAGAACUGAUCAGGUUAGUUUGAAUCGAAUAUUAAGGAAUAACUAACUAUUUUUAAAUUAAGAAGUUGAGAUCAAACAUUUUCUUAAAGAAUGAAUCAAUCCAGAACUAGUACUAGUAAACUUUCUAAUUUAAUGAAAUCAUUGUAGAUAUUAAAAUGCAUACAUAAAAGUCAUAAAACAUGAACAAAUUAAAGGCAAACCUUGCAAGUUUGCUUGUUCCCUGAGUCAUGAAGAUACCAAGAAUGAAAAUUACUUUAAAAAACGUUAAAUAAAUGAUUGGAUUUACAUAUA